CACAUGCUUGGAGAAACGAAUGGCCUGAGCUUCAUUCAGCCGUCACCACCACCACCAGCAUCGCAUCGUCACGCGCCUCCCCAUAAUACCCUACGAACUGCUAUCACCGCGUCUAAAAUAGUCGAAACCCUCGUCCACCAUUCAGCGAUACCUCGACCCCCGUAGCCCAGCGGAGAAACUACGCAUCGCAGCUCAAAAUGACAACACUUCCCCACGCAGUCGAUGCGGACACGCCGCUAAGAGAUGAAGAGCUGGAUGUUUUGCGCGCCCAGUAUGAGAAGGAGGGCGACAUGGCGGGUGUGCAGACCAAGUUCAACUACGCAUGGGGACUGGUGAAAUCGAACACGCGCCCCGAACAGCACCUCGGCGUCAUGCUGCUGUCCGAGAUAUUUCGGACGGCCCCUGAGCGGCGGCGCGAGUGCCUCUUCUACCUGGCGCUGGGGAACUACAAGCUCGGGAACUACGGCGAGGCGCGCCGAUACAACGAGCUGCUCCUCGACAAGGAACCUACGAACCUCCAAGCACUAGACCUGCAGUCCCUGAUCAACGACAAGGUCACCAAGGAAGGGCUCGUGGGCGUGGCUAUCGUGAGCGGCAUUGCGGUCGCGGCCGGAGUGAUUGGCGGCCUUCUCCUGAGGAAUCUGGGCCGGAAGCGGUGAAUUUCUUUCCUCUCCACGAUAUUUCCGUCUCGUUGGGGAGCGAUGCCGAAGCAACUGCUUUGAAGCGCAGCUCCCGCUUGAUCUGGCGGGGAUCUCUUAAUUCGGCAGCCCGAAAAGGUUCACUCGGACAAGUAGGCGACUAAUCGCCGACGGCUGUUGUAUUUUUAUCAUGGCUUCGGGAGGCGUCGUUUAUAUUGAUACUAAUUUCCAUUUCGUUACUGGAUACAGAGAGCGAGACAAAAAAAAAGUAACAAAACUGAAGAUCGGUCUCACAAGAUGUUACGCACUUAGGCUAAACCAAUGAUUGUAAGUCUUAGGCAGAUUGACACAGUCAACCUGUCAGGAGAGGCUUAGUGGCGGUGCCUAUUCGGUGGCUGUGCGCGCUUCCCCCCAAAUCCGA